AUGUCCUACACCUAUCCUACCCGCUUUGUCAAGCUCCUCGAGAACUACUAUGAAGUUCACUACGUUCACCGUGAUGAACGCUCUGGUAUGGCCUUCUGUCUAAUCGAGGAGUGCCACGUGCGCGAGCACCCCCAGCUCGCUGAUCUACCGUACCUUGGAGAAACUCUGUCGAUUCCGGGGUCGUCUGCCUCUGACCCUGCCCGUCUUUACCACGGCCUGUGGAUAAGCUCGGCUCAAACACAUGGCUGGAAGAUCUCCCUGGCCACCGCUCCUGAUAACGAUACCACAACUUCCAGAGCAGGUUUCAUCCCAGCUGUCUGCGCCGACAAUACCUCCUCCGGCUUCUCCACCACCCAUCAAUGA